ACAAAUAAAAGUUAAAUGGCAAAUUCUUUAUAGUUUAUACCAUUUUAUAAUACCAAAAACAAAGAAUUAUAAGUACUUGCAGCACAAACAAAUUAUAUUUUUUUUAAUUAAACUGUUUAUGAUCGAACGCACGAUCACCAGUAUGAAAAUAUUUACCAUUUGGUUUCUGGCUUUAGGCGCAUUUGCCUUUAGAUGGCCUGCCUUAGUUAAAAGUAACACUACCGAUCUUGAAACUCCUAAAGAUUCUGAAGGAAAUACGGAAAUUUCGUUAAACUAUCGUCUGCCUAAUGAAACUUAUCCGGAACACUAUGACAUCACACUCACCACAAAUGUUCAUACAGGCGAAAAAUCCUAUAAAGGUGAAGUUACAAUAUAUUUGGUGGUUGUUAAACCCACCGCUAAGAUCGUUGUACAUGCUCGUCAACUCAAGGAAUUUAAUGUGAAUAUUGCGAGUUUAUCUGCGGAGGAAUGGGAAGAGCUGGAGCCUGAGUAUGAUGAAGAACGUGACUUUUUGAUAUUAAAUCGUAAACGUGAUAUACCAUUUGCUGCUGAUACUAAAUGGAAAUUGAGUUUAACUUACAGUAGUGAAUUGCGUGAGGAUAAAGUUGGUUUCUAUAUGUCUACUUACAAAGAUGCCAAAGGCAAUGAUCAUUACCUUGCCACUACACAAUUCGAAAGUAUUAAUGCCCGUUAUGCCUUCCCCUGUUACGAUGAACCAGCUAAACGUGCCAAUUUUACCAUUACCAUAAAUCACAGUCCCGCCUAUUCAGCCAUUUCAAAUAUGCCAGUCAACAAAGAACUGUCCAGUUCCGGUAAAACGGUGUUUCUAACUACUGCUCGUAUACCCACUUAUAUAGUGAGCUUUAUUGUCUCGGACUUUCAAUACAGCGAAGUUAUUGUAAAUGGCCUACCUCAACGUUUAUAUUCUCGUCCUGGUAGACAGCAGGAGCACGAAUGGGCAUUAGUGUCUGGCAUGUUGGUGCUGAAACGUCUAUCGGAAUAUUUAAAUCUUCCAUUUAUGUUGCCUAAAAUGGACCAUGUUGCUGUACCAGACUUCACCCAAGGUGGCAUGGAAAACUGGGGUUUGGCCACAUAUCGUGAGGAGUAUUUAUUGUACAAUACAAAUACUUCCACUGUCUUUGCCCAAACCGAAAUUGCUAGUCUAUCAGCACAUGAGAUUUCACAUCAAUGGCUGGGUGAUUAUGUCACAGUUAAAUGGUGGUCAUACUUGUGGAUAAAAGAGGGAUUUGCCACAUUAUUAUCAUACAAAGCUUUAGAUGAUAUCUAUCCUGAAUGGUAUAUUUGGCAACAAUUUCAUGUUAGUAUUUAUCAAUUAGCUUUGAGCAAAGACGCUAGCAAUUCGUCUAAAGCCAUGACUGCUUAUGUCCAAAAACCUGAAGAAAUUGCUGCUAUUUACGAUUCAAUUUCCUAUAACAAGGCUGCUAGUGUUUUGCAUAUGUGGAACAAUGCUUUGACAGAAGAAGUUUUCAAACAAGGUCUACACAACUUUUUGACGCUGAACAAGUACAGUGCAGUCGAAGAAAAAGAACUUUUCACAGCCAUUGAAACAUCUAUGAAAGAGAAAAACUACAACAUUUCAGCCAAUUUCAGCUUGAUGAUGGCCAGCUGGACUCAACAGGCUAAUUAUCCCUUGUUAACGGUAAUACGUAACUAUAAGGAGGGUAGCUUUAACAUUAUACAAGAAGCCUUCUACGAUGACAAAAACUUUAAGAACAAUAAAACCUGGUAUAUACCCCUCAACUAUGCUGUUGCUUCAAACCCCGACUUUCGAAAUACUGAGGCUACACACUAUUUGUUGAAUGUAACCGGCAUUGAGAUCAAUGAUACUAAAAUCGAUAAUAAUGAUUGGCUGAUACUCAACAAACGGUCCACUGGUUAUUAUCGCAUCAAUUAUGAUAAUGAAAAUUGGAAUCUCAUCAUAGCGGCUUUGUGCCAAAAUUACUACAAGAUUCAUCCUUUCAAUCGUGCUCAAUUGAUGCAUGAUGCCUACUAUUUAAGUGUUUCAAAUCGUUUGAAUCAUGACAUAUUAUUGAAAAUGUUGACUUAUUUGAAGAAGGAAUAUCAUUAUGCUCCCUGGUACACAGCCAAUGAUAUUAUUAACAAUUUCAAUAUAUAUUUGAGUAGCGAUGCCAACUAUAAUGACCUCAAGUUCUUUUUAGCUGAAAUGGUUGGUCCCAUCUAUGAUAAACUAGGUAUUAACGAUGUGCCCGGUGACCCUCAUUAUCAAAAAUACACCCGCAAUGUGAUCAUUGAUAUUGCUUGUUUGGCGGGCAUUGAAGAUUGUUUAGAGGGUACCAAAAAUAAAUUGAAAGCUUUAGUCAAGUAUAAUAUGACUAUUGAACCCAAUGUACAAGUACCAAUCUAUUGCAAUGCUCUAAAACAGUCCAACGAUGAGGAGUUCAAUUUUGUUUACAACAAACUUAUGGAUUCUAGCGAUUUGGUAUUGCGAGCUCUUUUCAUUUCCUCGUUGGGCUGUUCUCAAAACAAGAAUCAUAUUAAGAAACUCAUUGAGAGCUCCAUUGAUGAGACAAAUAAAUUGAGCCAAGAAGAACGUUAUACUCUACUCAAUGCAGUCUAUUCUCGCGGCGAAAUAGGACUUUUGGCCUGCAUUGAAUUCUUAAAUGAAAACUGGCAGGUUUAUAGUAAUUUAAAGAGUAGUGGUGGCUCUAAUCCCUUGGUGGAUGACAUACGUGACAUGUCUGCUUAUGUGAUCAAUAAGGAACAAGAAGAACAACUUUUAGCUCUGGUGGCUACAGUAAAGAUCAAUAUAAAUAUUACCGCUACUCUGGAAAAGGAUGUAAAUACCAUAAUUAAAGCCAAUUAUGAUUGGCUUGAAAAUAAUCGUAAACCUCUGAUGUCAUGGUUUGCUGAAUAUCGUAGUAUAAAUAGUGCUGGCAGUGCAGGACAUGCGGUCUCUGGUGUGAUGAUGAUUUCUAUAGUGAUGAUGUUUGUUUUAAAUAAUUGAGUUAAAUCAUAAUUUUAAGUUUAUAAAGGAUGCUUUUUAUAGAAGCGGAGAACUUCAAAUUGAAAUAAAAUAGAGAACAAGUUUUUAAUACCCAUCAAAUUGGGUUUAUUAAUUAGAUAAUUUUAUAGCAUUAAGGUUUAAAUAUGAUUUCUGGAAUGUGGAACUUGUGUAACCUGUCGAAACAUCAUUUCAUCCAGAAAAACUGACUGUUUGGUUCGCUAUAUGGGUCAUUGGUCCAUAUGUCUUCAGAAAUAACGGUGAGCGGUAUGGAGACAUGCUUACUAACAUUUUCGUGCCUCAAUUGGAAGGCUUUAUUAUGACAGAUAUGUGGUUUCAGUCAAUCAAUUUACUGAGAGAAACAUUUGCAAAUGAAUAAUUUCGUGACAUGGACCUGUUAACUGGCCACUGCGUUCAUGUGAUUUGACGUCAUUUGAUUUCUUCUCUGCGGGUAUAUAAAGUUCCAGGUCUAAGCAUAUAAACUAGAAACUUGGAAGCAAACAUCCUACGCGUUAUUGCCGAAAUACAACCUGAUUUACUGCGAAGAGUGCGUGAAAAUUCGAUCUUCAGGUUACGCCAUGUACGCGCUACAUUAUUGCCAUAAAAUUAUCUAAUUAAUAAAGACAAUUCGAUGGAUAUUAGAAACAUUUUUCUCUGUUUAAUUAAA